AUAGAGCCAAGUUGCCGUCACUAGUUCCACGACCGCCAAUCGAGAUAGACGCACACAAGUUGAUACGUGUCUCCCUUUUUUUAAAAAUUUUUUAAAAAGAAAAGAAAAAAACAACUUUUGACAAAUUCAUCAAAAGUCAUUGACUCUCUCUCUCUCUCUCGCACGCAUACCCAGACAAUUUUUGUUUUUCGGCUUGGCGCAGACAGUGAUAUUUUUUAAUUCUUUCAAAAGGAAAAAAAGAAAAACUUCCGUGUUGUGUUGUUAUUUCUUCGUGGAUUUUCCAAUCCGCCCCGGAUUUUCUUGGAUUUUUUCUUUCUUGGAAAUUAUUCCGGAAGGAAUUUAUUUUUCACCCUCACUUCCUGGACGUAACUCAUUUUCGACUUCAAAAAGGACAGCGCAAAAGUGCCUCCCGCAGCAGUUCAUCGUUUCCAUGACGACGGUCGAUCAUCGCAGGAGGAAUUGACCAACUACAACUGACUGACUGACUAAACAAAACAAAACGAAAUUAAAAUCCCCGACACAGACGAGACUUAUUUUUCUCUCUCUCUCCUUCUAAUUUGAAUUUGAAGACAUACACAAAUCUAAAAAGACGCAAAGAAUUUGCGCCCUGAGCUGACGGUGUCGAGUGAUCAUGAACAAUUCUUAAACAUGCCCAAUCAAGGAACGAAAAUGGAAGAAGGUGGUUGGGAUUUAGCCGAGCUGGCCGAGGAGGAUUUCGAGCAGUUGGCCGUUUACAUUGUGCCGGACGCCGUUGUGGAGCCCGGCAGCGGUACGGAAAGAGUCAACCGAGCCGAGACGUCGUUGCCAAGAAAUUUGACACUGAAGCCGAGCCAGGCCUUGUCUGACGUGCUGGGCGUCUGGAGCAGCGAUUACAUUCCACGAGGGACCCGAUUCGGACCUUUGGUCGGUGACAUUUACGCCAAGGAUCACGUUCCCAAACACGCCAAUCGCAAAUACUUUUGGAGGGUGUACAACAAUAGCGAAGUUUUUUAUUACAUCGACGGCUACGACACGGCCAAGGCCAACUGGAUGCGCUACGUCAAUCCGGCCUAUUCGUCCGAGUCGCAGAACCUGAUCGCCUGCCAGUACAAGAUGAACAUUUACUUUUACACGACCAAACCGAUCCUGCCCAAUCAGGAACUCCUCGUCUGGUACUGCAAGGAGUUUGCCGAGAGACUCAACUACCCCGUCACCGGCGACUUGAUGCUCCAGAGGAUCCGCCAGCAAGUCCAGCAGAACGACGAGGACGGAACGGACACGGAGUCGACGGCCGAGAUCAAGAAGCCCAAUGAAACGGGACCGUCGAGUCCGGCAGCGUCCGGUUCCGGUUCCAGGGCGGAAGAGAAUAAAGUCAAGCACAAGAAACUCCAACAUCCGGCGGAUACAACUGGAUCGGCCAACAAAGAGGCCGAACAAUCGCCCAAGGAAGCCACGCUGGCCGUUGACACGACAACAACGGCCACGGCCACAACAACGACGACAACAACCCGGCGUGAUCACGGCGAUAAUCAUCCGCACCACCAGCACCAGAUGACACCCACCGCCGAAGGUUCCGUCCGCUCGGAUGAAGGUUACCAUAGCAACGGCUACCACGACGACGCUCUGACUCCGCCGGAAGAUUCCAGCGACUCUGACAACGACAACUACGUCCUGGAUUUCAGCCGGAAGCCUUCGUCGUCUUCGUCGUCUUCCACUUCGUCGACAACGGGUCCGGCUGCCGGCCAGCCCAGUUCGACCAGUCGUCUGAGUCCGUUGGCGGAAGAGCCUCCGGCGUCGACCCAGCAGGGAUCGCCGCAGUCGGACAGCCGGAGCACCAACGAGUACCGUAAAGUCAAAAUCAAAAUGCCCAAGGCCUACCACUACCGGCACAGCAGCAUCAGCGAGGAGCGCGAUCAAGUGGUUGUUGCUCCUCCUCCGCGCUCCCAGCACCACCACCGACUGGCCCCGUCACCUCCGCAACAGCAUUCGCCUCCGGUGACCCAGUCGGUGGUCAAAUCGGCGCCUUUGGUGGCCCAACUCUCACCGGUCGCCCCUCUGCCGCUCAGCCCUCGAUUCCGGCGUAGUCAUCCGCAGCCACCGCAGUCUUAUUCGCCGGAACCGAUGGAUUACGACGAGCACCAUCAUCGCCAUCCCAACCGGGAGCAACUGGAGCACCGGAUCAACUACGAGCGAUCGCGAUCCCGCUCGCCCGCCGGACGGGAAGUCGUUCCUCCUCCUCCGCCGCCUCCGCCGCCCGUCAACUCGUUGCUGAGCAACGGAAGCAUCUUGGAGAGCAUCCUGCUGAGACGCCAGGGCAACAACAGCGCCACCGUGGUGGCCGCUGUGGCCGCUGCGGCCAAAAAGGAAAGCGGAGCGGAGCUUUUGCGCCAGGAGUACUACGACGAGGUUUAUCACCGGGAGCGAUUCAAGGAGGCCGUCCAAGUCAUCGUGGCCAACGAAUCUCACCCCAAACCGGAUUCGUCUGCCGGAUCUUUGCCGCCUCCGCCCAAUGCGACUCUUCCACUGCCACCACCUCCUCCGUCUUCUUCUUCAUCUUCUUCCGGCCAUCAUCGAUCGUCUCCUUCGUCUUCCCACCUGCUCCUGGCGCCGUCGACGACGGUGCCCGUGGCCAUUUCGACGGUCGUGUAUCCGCCGUACAAGAAACUCCAUCGCUACAACAUUCCGACCGGAUCGGACGUGCGCGAUCUCCUCAGCAGCAAGGAUCCCAAUCAUCUCAGCCCGGAUUCCAGCUGCUCGACGACAGCCAUCAAUAAAUCCAUCCGCAACGAGUCCAGCACUUCGCCGUCGACCGGCGGCGGUGGGCAGCAGCACCACCACAUCCACCACCUCAGUGGUCACCAUCCGUCUCACGGAUCGCAUCCGUUCAACAGCCGGAGUCCGCAACCGUCGCAGUCGCAUCAGUUCCACAGCACCAGCAGCAACGGAUCCAACAGCCGAUCGGCUCCAUCUCCUCAUCAUCCGCAUAAUGAAUCCGCCGGAAGCUCCGCCGGAAGUUUACUGUACAACGUCAACAACGUUGCCCAGAUGUUCUCCUCGGCCCAUUUCAACAUGUACGCUUACGGUGGAGCCGGAUCGAGUGCAUCCGCCGGCGGAGGCAGUGGCAGCACUUCCACCGUCCCUCACCCCCUGGCUUCGGCUUCUUCUUCCUCAUCCGCCGCUCACAUCCAUCCGCAUUUACCGAUGCCGCACAGUCCAGCGGCUUCGGCCGCCUCUUCAUCCGGCGGUAACGGAGGAGAUCGUUGCCGGGACCAUCGUGACCCGUCCGAAUCUUCCAUCCGGUCCAGCGCUUCAUCUCUCAGUCCCAACUACAGCCAGGCCCUGCACUGCCACACCUCGCCCGGAAGCGGAUCGCUGUCUCCCAUCGGAUCGGGCAGUCCGUCUCCCAACGGAAGCCAAGGGCGCGGCUACCGCUCGUUGCCGUACCCGUUGAAGAAGAAGGAUGGAAAAAUGCACUACGAGUGCAACAUUUGCUACAAGACGUUCGGCCAGCUGUCCAACCUGAAAGUUCACUUGCGGACGCAUUCUGGCGAGCGCCCCUUCAAGUGCAACGUCUGCACCAAGAGUUUCACCCAGCUUGCCCACCUUCAGAAGCACCACCUGGUCCACACUGGGGAGAAACCGCACCAGUGCGACAUUUGCAAGAAGAGGUUCAGCAGCACGUCCAAUCUCAAGACCCAUUUGCGACUGCAUUCCGGCCAGAAGCCCUACGCCUGCGAUUUGUGUCCGGCCAAAUUCACCCAGUUCGUCCACUUGAAGUUGCACAAGCGAUUGCACACCAACGAGCGGCCGUACACUUGCGGCGGAUGCCAGAAGAAGUACAUCAGCGCCAGCGGAUUGCGGACCCACUGGAAGACGACCAAUUGCAAGCCCAGCAGUUUGGAGGAAGAGAUGGCCCUUGAACGGUCGCCCACCGACUCGGCCGGCUACGAUUGUAACGGCUCGGAUGUCGAAGAAGGAAUGGAGGACAAGGAUGAGGAAAUGAGUUUGGACGGAAUGAGCUGUGAUAGCGACUCGUUGGCCAUUCAGCAACACCAUCACCACCAAGGCCAGCACGAGCACCACCACGAGCUGGGCGUCAAUUCGACAACGGGCCGACGGUCUCAAUCGCCCGACGAAGGGAAUCUGCGCGGAAACGGGCGACAGCCAUCGGGAAACUACGACGCCGAUUCGUCUAGACCGAGCGUCAUCGAAACGGCCAACAAAGCGCCACAAGUCAUCGAAUGCACAUAAGACGGACGACGCUGAGAUUUGACUGGGAAAUUCGGUCCUUUUUUGCUAGACGACCGUAAUAUUUAUUUUAUUUAUUUUUGUGACGACGUGACGUGACGUAACGUAACGAAACUCAGACGGACCAAUUAUUGCGCACCGAGCCCCACCGGUUUUCAAUCCUCCUCGAUUUGACAUUUAGAAAUUUUUGGCACGUAAUAUCAACAACAGCAACGUUUUUAAAAAACACACACGACGACUCUCAGUAUCCAGUUUUAUUGUUUGAAUUGACCACUUUCCAUGUUAUGUUUUUAUUCUUUUUUUAAUUUAAAAUGACAAUCAAUUUGGCGGGCGUUUUGAACGCAGGAGGAUGUAGUAAGACGGAAUUUGUUUUUUAUUUAUUUUGACGGUAAUUGACCGACGAUCGACGUAAACGCACAGACGACGUGACACAUACAAAUCCCGCGCUUUAUUUUAUUAUUAUUAAGUUAUACCCUUUUUUGAAAAGAAACAUCUCCAAAUGUUUUUUCUCCUCAAGUUAUUUAUAAUUCAUUCCCGUUUUGUUUUUUGUUUCUUCUUCCCCCACGUUGCUGCUGUGUUAUUUGUUGUACAUUUCUUCAGUGGUUAUUAUAUAAGAAUCUUUUUUUGGAAUCUCUCUCAGUAAAAAAAAAGGAAGAAAAACCAAACAAAAAAACAAACUUGAAAGGCACUUGAUCUCAGGAAAAUUUGACAAAAAAAUAAUAAUUUGGACAAUGUGACACAACAAAACGACAAAACAAAAUAAGUGACUCGACUCCGAUUCGUGAUGUUAUUU